AUGGGUGUCUUGAUGAAUAUAACGGAGCUCCCAUCCGAUGAUUUGAUUGCGGUAUAUCGGACCUAUGAGUACGUUAUGUUCAUCGCUACAACGCUGAUUGUGGGCUAUACGCUGGCUAUUAUGCUGCUCAGUAAGCGAAGUACUGAAUUUUUAUAAAAAAGAUUAUAGCUUCACUGAAAAGCCUUAGUAACUACAAAUGGUACCUUAUACAUGGCAUCGUAUGGUAAGCAGUUUUAUGUUAGAAUUUAUGGCGUAAUCUUUAGGGGUUACUCUUUUGACAGCCUUGGAGCCCUGAUUGGUGCCAUUACACUGUUUCCAUUGCCGUGCUACUAUGGUGUAAACGCUGCUGGAAGCCUGAGGGGCUCGAGUCAAGUCCUGUAUUUCUUCAUUGGCUUUAACUGCGCCAUGGGCAAAAUUCUGGCCGUUUUUCUGCAAUUUGAGCAUCGAUUUCAACAAGCACUGCCUCUGGAUUCUUGGUACAGAAAAAAGCUGGAUUUUUUGCAUGGAAAAUACGAAGUGCACUACCGAAUCGCCCUUUAUAUCAUUCUUGGCGCUUCAAUUAAUGUAUGUUUUUCAAGCAAAUUUUACUAUAUUACGCAUUGUGUAAAACAUUCUUUUUAGGCCCCAGUUUUCAUAUCAUUGCCGAAUCAAGUCGAACAGCGACAACUCCUCUCCGACAUGGACCCUGUUCUGGCCUACAUCUAUCAACAACACCCCACUACCUCCUGUUUUUCCAGUGGCACCGAAAGUUGGGUGGUUAGAAUCACAGUUCUAUGGCUUCUAGUGGUAGUUAUGACCGAAGUUUUCCUCCUAUCCUUUAUUUAUUCGAGCAUUCAUCGGCUGAAACUCUCCGUGAACACUUACCGCUUACAAGUGAUGCUGUUCUGGUCACUUGUUGCCCAAAUGGCGGGAUUAUUUGUUUUUAUAAUGGCGCCCGGUUUGGUCUAUCUUGGCGGAGCCACACUUGGAGUCCGCAACAUGCCCACAAUCAGUGUUUUUUGCUUCGCUUUCUUUAUCUCUCACACCGGAAUUGAUUGCCUUAUGGUGCUGUUCUUCAUCAAGCCCUAUCGAAAUGUGGUGUUGAGGAAUUUUGGGAUUUUGCAUAGGUCCUCACGAGCCUGGGAGCCCACUUCUAUUGCCCCCAACCAUGGAAUCAAAGUUGUGCAUUAA